AUGUCUGCAUCAAAAACUAAAAAACCAAGGCUUUGGCCAUAUUUCGACCACACCGAUUGUGACAAGACCUUUAGUAAAGCCGUUUGUAAAUUUUGUGAUUAUACACAUUACUGUACACAUACUUCAAUUUUGUGCAAUCACUUGCCCCAGAAUAAACACGAGAUUAUCCAACUCGAAGCGGACAGUAAAAACUCGAAUCCCAGCGUAUCGAGUCAUAACCACAUACAGAAAACUACCGCAGAUAACAAACAAAUAACACACCAUAAAGAUAAGAGCAUUGUCGAAAUGAACAGUUCAAGUUCAAAUUCUAACUCAUCGAGUCAUAAUUGCGAGCAGGGAAUUGUGGUAGGAGACAAUAAACAGAGCUCCUUGUCACAAACAAUACCCAAGGAUGCUUAUAUAUUUUCAAUGCAAAACAACCAGAGGGUUCUGAAAUUCAUGAAGCUGUUUGACGAACGCUAUACAUCGUUGGACAUAGACGAUUUACGACGCAACUAUUUUCUGAGAAAAACACUUGCCUCCGCACGGUUUAUUCAUUUGACAAUAAAUUUACUUUGGUUUGUUAUUAAUUCGUAUUCACGUAUUAAGAACAAAGUAAUGCACGAUGUACUGUUCAUUGCACCUUGCCAGGUGGAAAAUUCAUUCGAACAUGUGUGCUGCUGUGUGUUAGAAAUAGCAAAGAUCUAUAAUAUUACUCACAAAAUAAAAAUUGUUGUUCUAGACGACGAAAAUUGUAUGUCCUACUUUGCGAAAGGUAAAGAGGCCAGUAUCAAAAAUUGGAAAAUAUUUUUUCACUUUAAACAUACACUAAUGAAUAUAGUAAAUUCAGCCAUACAUAAUUCCGGCACGAUUCUUUUGAGUAUCGUAACAAUGAAAAAGUUACUAUAUGACAUAGUAAAUCAAGAGAAUUCGAGCCACCAUACCCCUAUCGAUGAACGCAUGAAUAAAUAUUUAGACAUAUACAUAAAAGAGAAACCAAUUGAAACUGAUUCUAAUCCUAUUUCAUGGUGGGAUAGAGAAGGUUGCCAAUUGUUUCCAUUACUUUCGAGCUUUGCAUUUGAAUAUUUAUCUAUACUUGUUGUACCUACUUCUACUAGUAAACAAGUACUUGAACAGAUAUGGAAAAUUGUUCAAUAAUAUUGUUUAAAUAUGUUAUUUUUAUUAAUUUGAUUUUAAAACAAAAAAUCUAAUUGAUGAAAUCAUUUUGAAAUAAGAUUAAUUAAGUUAGAAUAACUUUAUUUUUUAUAAUCAUAAUUACAGUAUUGUAUUUUGAUGAAAUUGAUGUUCGAA